AUGGUUCUCCACAACCCCAACAACUGGCACUGGGUGAACAAGGACGCCUCUGGCUGGGCCAAGGAGUACCUGCAGCAGAACCUGAGUGUCAUCAGUGCCGAGGAAGGGGGCGUGUCCGCCAAAGUAGACAAGGUGUUGUCCAUGGAUGGCGACGUAGACGUCAGUCAGCGCAAGGGCAAGGUCAUCACCUUGUUCGAUGUCAAGCUGUCGCUAGAGUAUUCAGGUAAGGCCCAGGACGAGGAGGUCAGUGGUUCCAUCUCCAUUCCCGAGGUGGCCCACGAUACCGAGGAAGAUGAGUACGUCUUUGAGAUUGAGAACUAUGCCGAUGCCGCCUCCAAGGCUCCCGUAAAGGACCUCGUUCGCUCCAAGAUUAUCCCUCAGCUCCGCAAGGCAUUGAACAAGCUCACUGAUGCCCUGAUCGCUGAGCACGCCAAGGACCUCCAGCACGCUCCAGGUGUCAACCCGUCCGCUGGCUUCACCCCGGCGACUGUCCACCCGCAAAGCAACAAGUCCGCUGCUCCCGCCGCCCCGACCACCACCUCUACCACCGGCAAGGUUGCCAUCAACACCACCACCGUGACCGCGUCGGAUGAAUUCCGUACCACCGCCGAGGAGCUCUACAACACUUUCACUGACCCGCAGCGCAUUGCUGCCUUCACCCGUGGGGCUCCUCGUCAAUUCGAGGGCGCCCAGCCCAGCGGCAAGUUCGCCAUCUUCGACGGCAACGUCACCGGCGAGUACGUCAAGCUCGACGCUCAUAAGCAGAUUGUUCAGAAGUGGCGCCUUGCCCAGUGGCCCGAGGGCCACUUCAGCACUCUCGAGAUCAACCUCGACCAGAACGACGUUGAUGGUGUCACCCAGCUCCGCGUGGAAUGGUCCGGUGUGCCCAUCGGCCAGGAGGACGUGACCAAGCAGAAUUGGGAGCUGUACUACGUCCGCAGCAUCAAGCAGACUUUCGGGUUUGGCACUAUUCUCUGA